CUCGUCUGGAACAUCAGUUCAAGAAAUCCACCCCAGAGUACAUCUUCCACUGCCAGUCUCCCGUCGUGUCUGUGGGAUUCGCUCGGUUCCAUCCAAACCUGGUGGUGGGGGGGACGUACUCGGGACAGAUCGUCCUGUGGGACAAUCGCAGCCACCGACGAACCCCAGUGCAGAGAACCCCCCUGUCUGCAGCCGCGCACACGCACCCUGUGUACUGUGUGAACGUAGUGGGGACCCAGAACGCCAACAACCUGAUCUCUCUGUCGACCGACGGGAGAAUGUGCAGCUGGAGCCUGGACAUGCUCGCACAACCUCAGGAGACCAUGGAGCUGGUUUAUAAUAAGUCGAAGCCGGUGGCCGUGACGUGUUUGGCUUUUCCCACUGGAGACGUGAAUAAUUAUGUCGUGGGCAGCGAAGAAGGAACAGUUUACACAGCCUCACGACACGGAAGUAAGGCCGGGAUCUGUGAGAUGUUCGAGGGCCACCAGGGGCCGGUGACGGGCAUCAGCUGCCACGGCGCCGUGGGCCCUGUAGACUUCUCCCACCUCUUCAUCACCUCGUCCUUCGACUGGACCGUCAAACUCUGGAGCACCAAGCACAACCGGCCGCUCUACUCGUUUGAGGACAACGCCGACUACGUGUACGACGCCAUGUGGUCGCCUGUGCACCCCGCCCUGUUCGCCGCCGUGGACGGGAUGGGACGCCUGGACCUGUGGAACCUCAACAACGACACGGAGGCAGUUGAAACUUUCUCACUGACCGGUCCGGUGACGUCGGCUGUGCUCUGCCCUCAGCACAACCGGCCGCUCUACUCGUUUGAGGACAACGCCGACUACGUGUACGACGCCAUGUGGUCGCCUGUGCACCCCGCCCUGUUCGCCGCCGUGGACGGGAUGGGACGCCUGGACCUGUGGAACCUCAACAACGACACGGAGGUGCCCACGGCCAGUGUGACGGUGGAGGGAGCGUCCGCCCUGAACCGCGUGCGCUGGUCGUCCGGAGGGAAGGAGGUGGCGGUGGGCGACUCAGAGGGCAGAGUGUGGGUCUACGACACUGGAGAGUUGUCUGUGCCUCACACCGACGACUGGGCUCGCUUCGCCCGCACCCUGAUGGAGAUCAGGGCGAGCCACGCCGACGGGGAGGAGGAGGGCCCGAUGGAGCUGUCCCCAUAACGUUCACAGCACCCACGGGCCCCCAGCACCCAAAACCUCCCAGCACCCAAAACCUCCCAGCACCUAAGGAUCCCAACAGCCAAAAUCAACAGCACCGAAAGCCCCACAGCUCCCAAAACCCCCCCAGCAGCACCCACAGACCCCCAGCACCCACAGACCCCCAGCACCCAGAGUCCUUCAGGGCGCCUGUAGCAUGGACUUUCUGUUGUUCUUGUUCCGCUGCGUUAAAACUCCGUCUGGACACUCGGACGUUUGAAGUGUCCCAGUUUCUGCCCUCGACGUUCGUCCCGUAUCCUGACGACCUGCACCUGUCCAAACAUCUGCAGAGUCUGUGUUCUGUGAAGAUUUCUCUGUUACUUUUGUUUAUUUAAAGCUGCACUGUGUAACUUUUUGGAUGGGGGUCCAUCACCUGCUUUAUUCUGUGGAUCGCUCUGCCUGGAAUGUUCCACAGUGUGACAUUAAACAGUUCUACUUUACAUUUAUGCAAUUACAGACGGUUUUAUAGCUCAAAAAUGCCUAGAAAAUCUGGGCUUUUUGACUGUGAGUGGGGUCGCCUCUCCACAGAUCUGACCUGUAACUUGGUCUGGUUUGGUGACCAUGAAGAUAGAAAGGUUUAAUGUCAUAGUGUGGAACAUUCCAGACAAAGAAAUAACAUCUCCAUGAAGAAAAGCAUUUGACGGAAAAGUUCCUCCACAAGAAAAGUUACACAGUGCACUGAGAUUAAUAUUCUCGUGAAAAAACUGCAUUUGUUUUUGGUGUAGAGAUGUUUGUAAAACUGCCUGUCACAUGGAGAUUCUAUCGCCUGGAUCGUUUGUUGCUUGAACCUGAGUUGGACUAAAGUUUCUCUGGUUUCGAUAUAUCUUCUCCAGAGUUUUUUCUUCACAGUCCAGUCCAAAACUCAGACCGCACCUAAAACUUUCUCUCAGAUCACAGCGCGGCGGAGGAGAGAACUUCACAGUGAGAAGGUUCCAGGUUUGUUCCUCGAGUCCUCCAGGUCUUUCUGUGCUCAGUUUGCAUGUUCUGCCCGUGUCUGGUGGGUUUGCUCCUGUUUCCCAUCAACACAAAACAUUCACCACAGCUCCCGCUCUGGAUCUGGGUGCCAGGAGGUGCCCGCUGCUCCUGAUGAUGUGCCCCAGGAAACACUGAAGGACGUGAACCUGAAUCUGAACCUGAACCUGAAGCUUUUGUGGUGAUUUUUCCCAUUAAAAGAUCAUAAAUUGUUCCUCAGUUCCGGCCGCCUGUGGACUCGUCCUCGAUCUUGGUGCGACAGGGUUGGUGACUCGGCAUCUCCAGCGUCGGUGUCAGUGUCUGUUUAAGUUUUGGUAAACUCACUGUGAACCUGAACCCCUCAGUGCCCCUGAUGAUUCUGAAUAUCUGCUGAUACCUGCCCCCUGAAGCAAGAAAUCUGGAGUUUAAUCAAACGCUCGGCUCGUGUUUCCUGUAGAAGCUCGGCCACAACAGACGCGACAUAUUUACGUCUGUGUUUCUUGCUGAUACUUUAUGUACACGAACAAACUUCUGCUUUUCUGGGUAAAUGUUUCAGUCCAAGGUAAAGGAGAAAUUCAAUUCAACUGGACAAAAGUGUUUUCUGUUUUUUGUUGUUGUUGAAUACGUUUCUCUCAGUCAGACGCUGUUGGACACUGACUUAUAUCUGCCUGAAGGGGGCGCUCACUACACUGAAACUAACACGCCUACUUGAUUACAAUAAAUAAGUAGAUGUUUUACGCUGCGUUUUAUUUUUCUCUGCGAACCCACUCGGAUCUCGGAUGUGACGCCACAACCAGACUUCAAGAGUUUUAUUAUGUUUCGCGUGUCCAACUUGGAGAAAAACGUGGACGUCGCCUGGAAAACUGUUGUUGUGGUACCAGCAGUAAAAGUUAAAUAUCGCAGUUGUAAUUGUAAUUGUCAUUUAAACCACCAACGCGUCCAAACACAAUGAAAACACUUCAUAUUUACAGGGCACAGACGUCUUAGCGUAUUUUUCAGACUAUAAGUCGCACUUAAAACUCCUUAAUUUUCUCAAAAAUUGACAGAAUUAUAAUCCAAUGCACCUUUAUGUUUUAUUUCUGGUUGUGUUAUUGACCUCGAACUGAUUUUCACUCAUAUCCCAGUGAGUCCGACAGAAGCUGAACCACAUCAGCAACACAAGGAAAGAGCUGUUGUUUUCAGCGCUUAUAGUUUAUGCAAAUGAGUCAUGUGGUUUUAAGUUUUGUGUCAUAAAACGUAAACAAAUGUGUCAAAGCUGCAUCCAACACAUUAUUACUGGAUGCACAUUUGAAUCGUCCUCGUAGGAAAUAAAAAACAAACUUAAAUGAUCCACCCACAUUCACAUUCAUAAAACGAGUUACGCCACGAUCUGCCGAUGGAUCGUGGACGCCUGGACUCAGGAUCAGUCUCAUGUGUCGUCCGUUUGUUUCGUUUUAUGUGUGAAAAUAGACGAGAGAAUUCAACAUUAUUGAUAUUGCGCUUUAUAAUCCUAAAAAUACGAUGCUCAGUCUCCUCUGAGUUCUUCCGAGUGACAAGUUCACCGUCCAAGGAAAAGGGGCGUGUCAUCUGGGACGGAUAAUAAACACACCAUUAGUUAAAAACAAAAAAACAAAAAACAAAACAAAACCAACAACAACAACAAAAAAACUGUUUUGUCCAUUUGAUAAACUGAAGUUUGAAAUUCUCCUUUGCCACGAAUUCUACCUGGACGACUGAGAGAUUUUACUCACAUUUCAUUCCAAAAGUGACACACAAUCAGUGACACACAAACAGACAACACAGAAGGACCUACACACACACAAAACACACACACACACACACAACAAUA